AUGCCUCACUCAGCAACUGCUCGGCCCUAUUUCUCUGCGCCCGGAGCUAUGGGCAGAGAAAUACUGGCGUCAACCCGUCAGCAACCCUCAACCAACCUCUCGAUGACCACGCAGGAGGGGGGAAGGAAAAGGAAGUACAAGUCAAAGAAAGACUGGGUGGAGGUACAAAAUCUUUUCCGCCUUCCUGGCGACUUGCGGCAAGGAAACAAGACGAAAGACUGGCAUUGGAGCGGUGUUUGGCAGAACCGCUCUUGGUGCGACGCUCUCUGCCCAGUAGCAACAAAUGGAGCAUUGGAUUUUUUAGCAACUUGA